UGUCAUUGCGGCCUCUUUCCUGCCUGACCGGGGACGUCGGUAGCUGCUGCUGCUGCCUGUCAACAUCUGACAGCCCAGAAAGACAUCUGUGUCCGGGGAUUUUAACUGUUUAACUUUGUUUCUGACAGUUAUCCACUCACUGUCCUCCACCAUGCCCAUGUACCAGGUAAAGCCCAUCAGUGGGGGUGAAAUAAAGACUGAUUUACCAACGUGCAUGUACAAGUUACCAAAUAUCCACGCGCAGCAAGGGAACAGCUGCACCUCUGAGCACGCGCUUCAGAAUGGCGAGGUGGACCCAGCAGUCAGGGCUCUGGAGGCCCGACAAGAUGAAAUCAUGAGAAAACUGUACGAGCUGAAAGCAGCUGUGGAGGGCCUUGCAAAGACUGUGACCACGCCGGAUGCAGACUUGGACCUGACAGUCAGCAGCAGCCUCUCCCCUCCUAGCUCCUCAACCUUCAAAGGGGUCACAGACCUGGAUACAGUACUGGGCAAGGACCUCGGUGCCCUUCGUGACAUCGUCAUCAACGCCAACCCCGCACAGCCCCCCCUGACCCUGCUGGUGCUCCACAGCCUGCUCUGUCAACGCUACCGGGUGCUCUCCACCAUCCACGUCCACUCGUCGGUCAGCAGCGUGCCGACACAGCUCCUGUCCUGCCUUGGUCCACGCCAUGCAGACAGCUACGCACGCCAAUUGUUCCAACUGGGCUUCACUCUCAUAUGGAAAGAUGUCCCCAAACUGGAGAUGAAGUUCAGCGUCCAGAACAUGUGCCCCAUCGAGGGUGAAGCCAACGUAGCACGCUUCAUAUUCAAGCUGCUGGCCCCGUAUCCCAGCGACCCUGUGCUCGCCACAUUGGUGGACAACUGGGUCGACACGGCUUUCUUCCAGCUAGCAGAAGGCAGCACUAAGGAGCGGGCCGCCGUCUUGAGGGCCCUCAACUCCGCUCUGGGUCGCAACCCCUGGCUGGCUGGGUCCGAGUUCUCCCUCGCGGACGUCGCCUGCUACUGCUGCGUGUUACAAAGUGGGUCAGCCUCCUCAGCUCCUGCUAAUGUCCAGCGCUGGAUUAAGUCCUGUGAGAACCUGGGACACUUUGGUCCUGCCAAACUGUUCCUAAAGUGACCUGGGCUGAACCAGGACUAAACAAAGUGAGAGAAGGGCAUUAGAAUAUUAAAUAUGUUAGCCUUGUCUGGAACAGCUUCUAAUGCUUCCCUCCUGACUGUAGUGAGUUAUCAAACUGACAGAGACUCAGCUGAAGCAGAACGGUUGACGGUUGAAGUAUUUGUCUCUUCCAUGCUGCUUUUAUAUAACAAAGAGAUUCUAAUAUUACCUUUAUUUUGAAAGGGAGGAAGCAUAAGACGACUGGAAAGACAAGGGCUCAGUGAGGGAUUCAAUCAAAGUACUGACAAAGUUAUCUAACACACACUGUAUACCUUCCACCCACUUUGUGCCUAACAUGAUCCUGUUCUGUGUGUGUGUGUGAGUAUAUGUGAGGUAAAGGGUAUUACUAGGUGUUUUCAGAGGUAAUACUUUGUACCAUUUCUUUUUCUGAACUCAUUAAAACUAAAACUUUGGAUCAAACUUUGAA